AUGGUGCCCGCGGCCCCAGUGCUCUUCUGCCUCCUGCUCCUCGCCCUGGAGCUGCGGCCCCGGGGGGAGGCGGCCGAGGGCCCGGCGGCCGGCGGGGAGCGCGGGACCCAGGCGUCCGAGGAGCCGGAGGGCUGCCCCGUGUGCGUGUGGCGCCAGCACAGCAAGGAGCUGAGGCUGGAGAGCAUCAAGUCGCAGAUCUUGAGCAAACUGAGGCUAAAGGAAGCGCCCAACAUCAGCCGCGAGGUAGUGAAGCAGCUCCUGCCCAAGGCGCCCCCCCUGCAGGAGAUUCUGGACCUACACGACUUCCAAGGCGACGCGCUGCAGCCUGAGGACUUCCUGGAGGAGGACGAGUACCACGCCACCACCGAGACCGUCAUCAGCAUGGCCCAGGAAACGGACCCUGCUGUGCAGACAGAUGGCAGCCCCCAUUGUUGCCACUUCCACUUCAGCCCCAAAGUGAUGUUCACAAAAGUGCUGAAGGCCCAGCUGUGGGUGUACUUGAGGCCAGUACCCCGACCUGCCACUGUCUACCUGCAAAUCCUUCGUCUCAAGCCCCUCGGUGGGGAAGGAACUGCAGGAAGUGGGGGUGGGGGGCGGCGCCACAUCCGGAUCCGAUCCCUCAAGAUCGAGUUGCACUCAAGAUCGGGCCACUGGCAGAGCAUCGACUUCAAACAGGUGCUGCACAGUUGGUUCCGCCAGCCACAAAGUAACUGGGGCAUUGAGAUCAACGCUUUCGAUCCCAGUGGCACUGACCUGGCUGUUACCUCCCUGGGGCCAGGGGCUGAAGGGCUGCACCCAUUCAUGGAGCUUCAUGUGCUGGAGAAUACAAAACGGUCCAGGAGAAAUCUGGGCCUCGACUGUGAUGAGCAUUCCAGUGAGUCCCGCUGCUGCCGAUACCCACUAACUGUGGACUUUGAGGCCUUCGGCUGGGACUGGAUCAUCGCACCCAAACGCUACAAGGCCAACUACUGUUCUGGCCAGUGCGAGUAUAUGUUCAUGCAGAAGUACCCACAUACCCACCUGGUGCAGCAGGCUAAUCCCCGAGGCUCAGCUGGGCCUUGUUGUACUCCCACCAAGAUGUCCCCCAUCAACAUGCUCUAUUUUAACGAUAAGCAGCAGAUUAUCUACGGCAAGAUCCCCGGCAUGGUGGUGGAUCGCUGUGGCUGCUCUUAAGGUGGGGAAUGAGAAGGACCCUCUCCCCCCACAAACCCCACCCUGGAUCCCCAGCCCAGACCCUCCCCCCCACCCAGGCCCUAGAGCUCCUCCCUCCAACCCCUCUUAAACAAAAUGUCCUAUUCCCCAUCCCACCCCAAGCAGUGUGCAAUACAGCAGAGGAAGGUAGGGGAUAGAGAAAAGAGGGGUGAGGGAUCUGUGGGGGAAAGGGCAACGGGCAAGUUGGGGAGUGUUUGGGAUUUGCAGAUGAGGGUGUGUGGAAAGAAGAUAUAGAGGGAGAGAGUGAAGUAGAGACAGAGAUAGAGACAGGCAGAAGGACAGGGAUAUGAAGAAUGUGAGCAGGACAAAGGGAUAAAAGAGGCAGAGAGAGACUAGGCAGAGAUGAAAUCAAGUGAGAAAUAUAGGGACAGAUAGGGACAGAGAGUAAGCCUCAUACCAAGUCUUUUUUUCUUUGGGCCUGGUGAAGGGUUUGGUGUAAGAUGGGACAUUCCCUACAUGCACCAUGGCCUAUAGAGGAGGAGAAAGGGGUAUCAAACCCAGGCCCAGAUAUCUCCCUCCUUCCCAUAGUGGACAGGGGAAAAGGGGGUAGGAGUUGGGGAUGGCAGAGUGGGAAGGAUUUUGACAUUUAUUUAUUUAUUUAUUGUUAUUUUUCUUUUAAUUUCUGGUGUUUGGCUUUACAUAGAAAGAUUCUGAGAUUCCCCCUCCCCUUCUUCCACAGUACCCUAUUUUACUCCUUAAGUCAUGGAACCCUGCUUAUACCCCAAUACCCACCCACUCAAGCACUUGUAUAAUAAACAUCCAGGGUUGUGAGUUAGGGGCAGAGGGAGUCUGAAUUCCCCACACAGCUCACUUUCAAGUUUAAUUGUAGAGCCAGUGGUCCUAGACAGUAAGGCCCAGAAAGGGGGGGGGGGGAAGGGAGGGAGGGGGGAACAAGCAAAGUCCCAACAUAUCCAAGUUCAGUUAUGACAGCAAAUGACUCCAAGACUUACCCUUUCCCCUGUUCAGUGAUAUAACUAGAAGGCAAUGAUGACUGGUCAGUGUGCACAAAUGCCCCCUAGCUAAGAGAGACCAAAGAGCCUGUGGUAUCCCUCUUCCCCUUGCCAUUUUCAGGUCAGUAAAAGGGCCAUAGCUUGAAACUAGAGGCCCCCUGAGUUCCAGGGUUUUUGAGGGAGAGAAAACAGGAACUAUACUAGUUGGGGGAGUGGGGACUGGGGGAGGGGGGGAGUUUAGUGGUGAUUCUCACUGAAGGUUUUGAAGAGUUUAAAUAAAAACUACCACCCUGGGCUGGGAAUUGGAGAGUAGCAGACCAAGGGAAGGAAGAAUUAUGGAGAGAGUAUUCCAAGUCCCACAAGCUCAGGGCAAGCAGGGAAGGGGAAGUUAUGAAAGUAAGUGUCUAUUACUCUAAUUAUGAUUUUUAUCUUUUUUUUUUUUUUGGAAGCCAGUAAUACCUGGCAGCAAAGAGUGGACACAUCAGAAACUGUGUGCGGUAGGGGAUGGAGCAUGACAACAAGUGAGUUAGGGCAGAGUAGGGGGAGAUGGGUUCCAAAAGCAAGUCAUUCUCCUGUCCCUUCCCCCAGUUCCCAAUUCCUAACUGCAUUCCCCUCCCACCUAUCCUUCUCUCCCCUUUCCUUCCCCCCCAUGCCUCAGUUCCCUCCUCUUGGUGGAACAGAAGCAGCAAGCAGCUGAAGCAAAGAGAUGAAUCCUGAGCACUUACCACGGGCACUUUACGGACAUGAAAUACCUCUCGAUAUUUGGGGGAGCAAGGAGGGCCAGGGCGGAUGGUGAGGGAUGUUGAGGGCUGCAGGGAGUUUUAAGGUCUGGUGGACUGGGAAGCAUCAUGUAUAGCAGAAGGCUUCACAAAAUAGGGCCCUCAACGAAGAGUUAAGGGAAUUCUCCCUCCACUGGUUCAUUUUUCAUCAAGAUCCCUGGGGCCCUCUUUAGUCCUAUAGAAGGCUAGAGAGAUAUGAAGAUAUGCCUCGAUAGGCAAAGCUCUGAGUGGUCACAGUUAUGACCAGGGGCCUUGUUGGGGAUAAGAUUGGGCCAAGGUCAAAGGCACCAGACUUAUUGUUGUUGGCAAGUUUAUUCAGAAGGCCCACCAUAUUCUAGCCUGCCCUGAGGAGGGUGCAGGAACCUGGCCAAAGGAACUUGACUAUCUUUCCCUGGUGAGGGGAUGAUGGGGGCCUUGCAAGGCAUUCUUUUUCCCAUUCUCAGGAGAGAAGGUACUUUGGGGGAGGGGUGACAUCUCCUUUUCACCCCUACCUCCUAAUCUUGGCAGGUUCCCCAGUCUUUCCUCUCCAGCCCUAUUCUUUACUAUUCUUACUACCCCAAUCCAAGAAAAACGAUCAUCACCACCACUCCACAUCCAUGGUGGGGAGGGAGGGGAGAACCGGAGAGGUCAAGAUCAGAAGAUGACUCUUCCAGAAUCAACACCUGAUCUCAGGCCCAGGGGCCAGGCAAGGGGCAGGGGCAUCAUAUGACCUCCCAAUACAGGUUCUAAGGGAAACUAGAGCCUUGAACUUGGGGGGAUACUUAGAAGACACCCCCACUCCUACCAAAUAAAGACCUUGGGGGAAUCUAAGGCUCUUUUUCUUUUGGACAUGAACCUACUGAGUGUCUCAAUCUCCUGUCCCCCCAAAGAGGUUAUUAGAGACAGGGCUCAGAGACACAAAAGGAGCUAGGGAAUGUUCCCCUGCUUCAAGUAUGUGGACAAAGACAGUGCCCCCUUUGAACAUAUCAUAAUUAUUAUUUACUUUUGUGUAUAUGUCAACACUGUGUACGCGAACAACUUUGUUUCUGUACGGGUCAUCUGAGAAGGCUGGGGGUAAUGAGGAGAAGGGAUGUCAGGGGGCACAAGGGAGGCCUUAAAAGAAAAGAGAACUUCUUUACCAAGACAAGUCUCCCAAAGGAUGCACGGAAAUGAAGACAUGGGGCAGUUUCUGAGUUAAGUGACAUAGGACAGAGAUAGCCAUUGGCCCUUUUUUGGGUUUUUAAAUGUUUUUUUUUUUUUUUUGAGUUUUGGGGUGGUCACAUGACCCAAUCUAGCACUUGAACCUGAAAGAAAAAUAAUAAAGUCAAAGAGUUUA